AUGGAAGAUUUAACAUCAACCUAUCUGGAUAAUUCUACUUCAAGUAACUCAUUAGGCGAUAAUAUAACAGAAUCAAGUACCAAUACUGAAUAUAUUACAUCAAAAUAUUGGGAUAAAGUAUUGCAUGAAGAUAAACUUGUUCGUCAAUGCAAGAAUUGCAAGAAGCAGCAAUUUUCAAUUAAUACAAGCAAAUUACAUUUAAAAAAACAUACUGCUAAAUGUACAACUCAAAAUAUAAAAUUUAACUUCAUUAAACCCAUUACAAAAGAGGAUGUAGAUAAUUCUAUAAUUGAUCUAGUUGUUGGUACUGGAAUUUCUUUUAAUAUUCUAAAUAAUCCAUUAUUUCAUAGAAUGGUAAAUAAGCUUCAUUAUGUAACUGAUACGUAUAAAGUUCCUCAUCCAACAACAAUAUCCUGUCACCUUUCAGGAAGCAUUUAUGAAAUUAGAUUUAAUUUUAUUAAAGAUGUUAUGGCAAAAAUGCCAGGUCGAAUUUCAUUAACAUGUGAUGGCUGGCAUUCAACAGUCCAUCGAUGUCACUAUACAGCUGUUACAGCGAAAGAUAUUAAAUCAGUAAUAAUCGAUACUUUAAAUAAUUAUAAUAUUAAAGAUAAGUUUUUUUCAAUUACCAUGGAUAACACAACAACGAAUAAAGCAGUUGUUCGGAUACUUCAAAAAGAGUUACCUAAUAUAGAUCUUAUAUCUAUUAGAUGUAUAUGUCACAUACUUAAUCUUAUUGUAAGUGCAGGAAUGAUGGAAAUUAAUAUACUUCGGCAAAAAGUUCAUAAAAUUAUGAAGUAUUUAGCAAAUCCACUAGCUAAUGGGCAGAUUGAAACUCGUUGGAACUCAGUUUUAGAUAUGUUUGAAAGAUAUAUUAUAUUACAUCCAGCAAUUAAAGAAAUGCAAUUAAAAGAAACAUUAAUGCCAUCUUGUUUGGAAAUGAACGAAUUAUUGAAACUAGAAUUAACUUGUAAAAUUCUUAAACCAUUUGCAAUUGCAACGACAAUUCUUUCAAAAGAUCG